AGUCAGUCAGAGAGCCAUUUGCUGUGAGGGAGGCUGGAUGUGCAGACAACAAGCUGGUGCUGACAGGUGAAAUCUGUUGACCUGGCUGCUCCCGAGAUGUACCAACUGAUCUUAGCGGCACUUGUGGUGCUGCUCUGCUCUUCACCCUUGGUAAAUGGAGGGAAAGUCCUGGUGUUCCCCUGUGAUGGAAGCCACUGGAUCAACAUGAAGGUCCUUGUUGAGGAGCUUCACUCCAGAGGCCAUGAAAUCACAGUCAUGCGUCCAGCAGACAGCUGGUACAUCAAGCCAGACUCCCCGUUCUACAAGUCCAUAACAAUAAAUUCUCCCGCUGGUUUUGAUGAAGAACAAUUUGGAUCAUUUGUAAAAACAAUGGUCAACUUGCGGCGGGAUGGUGCUUCACUUUGGACUCGUAUAUCUCUGGAGUAUGAACUGGUGGAACAGUUCUAUGAGAUGCAUAAGAAGUUGAUUCAAAUGACGGGGGAGAUGUUUGAGAAUACCAAAAUGAUGCAGAGCCUCCGUGAUGCCAAAUAUGAUUUGGUUUUGACAGACCCUGCGCUGGGUCCAGGGGUGCUUCUCGCUCAUCGUUUGGGUCUUCCACUAGUCUUUAAUGUGAGGUGGACUAUUCAAGGUGAUGGGCAUCAUGCAAUUGCACCUUCCCCGCUCUCCUAUGUCCCAAUACCAGGGUCAGAGCUGAGUGACAAGAUGACCUUUACUGAGAGAGUCAAGAACGUCCUUUACUAUUUCUUCACUUGUUUUCAAAUUUGGUAUGUCACAGACCAAAACUACAAACCAUUUGUUCAUCGUUACUUUGGUAAAGAUGUACACUACAUAGAGCUGUUUCAGGCGGCAGACAUCUGGCUGAUGAGGAAUGAUUUUACCUUUGAGUUCCCACGACCCACAAUGCCAAACAUCAUCUAUAUGUCAGGCUUUCAAUGCAAACCCUCCAAACCCCUGUCGAAAGAAUUAGAGGACUUUGUCCAGAGCUCUGGUGAGCACGGCGUCAUCGUUAUGACAUUGGGAACCCUGGUGGCAAAACUUCCUGAUGACAUCGCUGAGGAAAUUGCCGCAGCUUUCGCCCAGCUUCCUCAGAAGGUGCUCUGGAGACACAAAGGCAAAAAACCAUCCACCCUCGGCAACAACACCUUGAUCUUGGACUGGCUGCCCCAAACUGACCUCCUGGGUCACCCCAAGACCAGAGUGUUUGUGGCCCACGGAGGCACCAAUGGAAUACAGGAGGCCAUCUACCAUGGUGUCCCUCUGGUCGGCCUGCCCCUCAUGUUCGACCAGCCUGACAACUUCUCCAGGAUGAAAGUAAGAGGUGUGGCCAAAGUCCUGGACAUUGCAACUGUGAACAGAGACAACUUCCUGGAGGCGCUGAAGGAGGUACUCUAUGACCCAACCUACAGGGAGAAGAUGAAGGCGCUGUCCAACCUGCAGAGAGACCAGCCCAUGGAACCACUGGACCGGGCCAUGUUCUGGAUCGAGUUUGUCAUGAGGCACAAAGGAGCAGCACAUCUGAGGACAGAGUCGUACAAGAUGUCCUGGAUCCAGUACCACUCAGUUGAUGUGGUGGCGUUUCUGCUGGCAGUUGUUUUGCUAGGAUUUGCUGUUUUCAUUUGUGCAGUUAAAUUUUUGUGGCGAAGAGUGUUUUCUGGAAGCAAAGUCAAAAAGGAAUGAAAAACGUGCUUAAAGUUGGUUGUGUCAGAUUCCCUGGAUCCAGUAAAAAAAAAAAAAAAACAUUAGUAAACUAUUCUGCUCUGUAUUCAGAGUCCUGAGCAGGCUGCAAACAGUCCGACACUGGUACCCCAGCACACCUAAGUGUGUGUGUAUACAUCCACAAACCUCACAGUGUUUCCCAUUAAUUGCCUAGACUGUGGCUCACCAGAGUUUCAUAAUGAACCGUACAUAUUGUUGCACUUGUCAUUAGAACAUUAAAGACUAAUGCUGUGUUCUUUGCUAUGUCCUCACAAUUCAAAUCUAUACAACCAAGCAACCAAGAAAAAUAAAGAAUACUGCAGUUCCUUGAAUGGCCACUUGAGGCUGACUCCAAAAGCGAGUCAAUACCCAUAGACCCCCCUGUUAAAAUGUCAGACUUUACAGCAGAAUUGAGCAUGUUUACAGCCUGGUGCAAAAACUGGUUUUGUUCUCAAUAGCUAAAUGCGUCAUUCAUGACAGCUGUACGGGCAGUACAUUUUUAUAUAGCUACCGUCUACAGUAACUACAGUCUAUGAGUCAGAUCCACCCAUUGCUUCUCCACAGCUUCACCCCCUCGUCCAAAUAUGGUCACAUCUGGCCCCAAAAAUCCAAGAUGGCAACAGUCAAAAUGCCACAUUGAAGGCUUCAAAACGUGAGUCAACAAGCCAGUGGGUGACGUCUAUGCAUACAACCAAUGUGUUUAUGCAAGGUUCAACAAUAGGGAAUGCCCAAGGGCCAGACCCAGGCCAGUGGGCCAGUAAAUAUAAUCAGACAGUUGCUGUUUCGGGCCAGUACUCACAAAAGAAAAGGAAGCGGAAGAAAACAUUUCAUCGCUUUGCAAGCGACAUUACAACAUGUGCUUUUCUCUCCAAGACUUUGCCUUGCUAUGCCAGUGUCUGUCUCCAACUUUAGUGGAGACAGAUUUACUGAAGUACAAAAAUAGUUUACAAGACCACAAAGUUCUUCAUAGAUCUGUAGCCUCUUAAUUUCCCCCCAGAGUUCACCAGAUUUAUGCAUUUCACUUUAAAAUGUACAAAAUUUUCUUCUGGGUGAGCAUGCCACCAGAGCCCUCUAAAGGGUCCAAGGUCCACCGACCGCAGUCUCACAAAAUCCUGUGCAAAACACUACCUUAUAUCACAUAACAACCUCAGCCAAAGACCUCAUGUUUCUGUUCUGUUCUGUUCUGUUGUUUGGUAAGCAGCAUGUCUCAAAAAUCUGUAAAUAAUUAAAUACUAUCUGGUGGAAAGUUUGACCUUUCGUCAAGCCAACAGCUUUUAGUCUGCAUCCAGGGAUGGUUUUGAGGAAUUACUCGGAGAGGGUUCUUUAACAUUUUUCUAUUCUCAUUAACCACUGUACUGGCUUUAAUAAAAUUAAAUUAGCUUGAUUUAUGAAAACUGACAUAUAUAUUUUGUGAUUUUUUGUCACUAGCGGUGGGUGAUGAUUUAAUACCAUUUAUAAUUUUUAGUAAUAAUAUGAUGUUGACAUGUUUUUGUUCCACUAAUUCAUGUUCUACAAAUAAUGAUUUUGAGCAAGCUGUAUGUGCAAAAGAAAAAGUUUAAUAAAGCAUUUUAAGAGUUU